AGAUUUUUGCUAAUUAAAGAAUAAUAAUAAGUGUAUAGAAAAACCCUUGGAAAAACCACUGAUAAGCGGUCUAAUUGAACUGCAAAGAUGGGAGGUGGAGACUUGAACACAAAAAAAUCUUGGCAUCCAAAUACAUUCAAAAACCAAGAGCGCGUUUGGAAAGCUGAACAAGCCGAUGCCGAUGAAAAACGGAAACUUGCGGAACUGCAGCAUGAAAUAGACGAGGAGCGCAAUCGUGAGGAACUAAAAAGUAUGGCUAAGAAAUCCGGUCUCAUUGCCGACACCGACGGCGAUCGCAAACUGGAAUGGAUGUACAAAGGGCCACAGGUUAACCGAGAGGAGUACUUGCUGGGUCGCACAAUCGAUAAAACUUUUGAACAGCUGGAUGCACAGGAAAAAGCAGGCCCGAGUGUAGGAAUAAGUCAGCCGAAAAACCACGUCGAGCAUGAAUGUAUUCCGUUUUCUAUCCGUCAAUACAAGGGAUUAGAGGGAACAGAACAAGUCGAUAUUGCCAGAAAGUUGAUGGAAGAUCCUCUGAUGGCUAUCAAGCAAAAGGAGGUCGAAAGCCGACAAAAGAUAUUGGAGAAUCCUGUGAAGCUAAAAGAGCUGCAUCGUUUGCUGAAAAGCGACCGUAGCAUUCAUGAGCGGAAAGAUAAAAAUAAAAAAUUGAAAAAAAAAUCCAAGAAGAAGGAAAGGAAAUCCAGUUCGGAUAGUGAAUCCGACUCAGGAAACGAGAGGCAAGAUUUAGAUAAAAUUCUUGCAGAAAAAUACAAAAAGAUUAAAUCUAAGGAAGGUGACAAAAUUGGCUUAGAUAAAUUGUUAAAUAUGAAGUAUCAAAAGCUAUCUAAAGAGCUGAAUAAAUUAGCUAAACCAAAAAAGCACAGAAAAAAUAGCAGCAGCAGUGAGAGUAAUACCUCAGACUCAGACUCGAAUAAUGCAAGGGAGCAAUCAAAAAGAAGACAUCACGGUAAAGAUCAGGAUCGGUCGGAACGAUACAAAUCAAACAAGCAUAGUACAGAGAGAAUGCGUCACCGAAGUGUCUCGAAUAGUCCAGAUCGUAGAGAUGGUCGGAAACGAGAACGAUCGCAUCGAGAAAGUUAUCGUUUUAGAGAAGACGAUCGCAGACGCUCUCCGGCAGCAAAACGUGAGCGUUCACGUUCGAGAGAUCGCAGACCUCAUCGUCACAAGUCACCAAUCCCAUCGGAUUCGGAUUCUUCGUCUAACGAAAAAGGUUUACCCAACCGCGAUGAUUCUGACGAUGAUCGGAAAUCAUCGAAAGCGAGAAAUUUUGGUCUUGUGUCGGCUUCUGGCAAAAAGUUACACUUGUCUAAACGCAAUGAAGUGCGUCUUUACAAAAGAGAAGAAAUAAAGGCCCAUCAGGCCAACCAGAAGCCAUCGUGGAACCGCCCAGAGAAAAAAGCUCCUUUGACCGAGGGGGAAAUUGAAGCCCGCCGAAAGGCUAUGCUGCAGAAUGCAGAAUGGAGGGAUAGUGAGCGUCAGAAAAACGUUCGCCGCUAUGAGGACGAAGACCGCAAGGAAGAACAAAAAGAGAAAAAUUCAAAAUAUGAUAAGAAUUUUAUCACUAAGCAGUUCAAACAUGCCGCAAAUAACGAAACGGUGGAAAAACGGAUCAAGUCUAACCGGAACAACAUUCAACGGGCCGGUGGUUCGAUGAGUACGCAUUUCGCAAAACGGUAGAUUUGUUUAAACAAUAUUAUUAAUAAUCUAUCACUGAUUUCGUACUGAGAAGCGAAACUGCCUCAUCUAUUUCUAGAGCGUAAUCGUGUCUUUUAUUAGUUAUAACUAUAUUAAGAACAAGCGAAGUGAAUUUUUAUGGCAAAGAUUAAGUCCGUGUUAAAGGCUAUGGGUUAGGUCUGUUCAUCACGCGAAUAUUGUGUUGCUCAAGCGCGUUUCCAUCUAAGCAGAAUCAAAGGCCAACUACUUAUGGAAGUAGUUUCCACUGGCAAUGGACGAGCAACCGGGCCGACGAAGCUGGAAGUUAAUGGAGAUAAUUUCGAAUUACUUAUUGUGUGAAUAAUA